CCAUUCCCCGCCAUGCUCGACGACGCCCCGCUGCCCCCGCCCGUCCCCCGCUGGCGCGCCUGGACCCUCCUCCUCGUGUUCUCCAUGGCACAGAUGCUCGACAUCUUCAACGUCACCGCGCCCACCGUCGCACUCCCCCGCAUCGCCUCCGACCUCGACGUCCUCUUCACAGAGCGCCAGUGGGCCAUCAACGCCUACUCCCUCACCUUCGGCGCCUUUCUCCUCACCGGCGGCAGGUUCAGCGCCAUAUACGGACCAAAGACGCUGUUCGUCACCGGCUUCACCGUCGUCGGCGUCUUCUCCAUCGUCGACGGCUUCUCCGUCGACGGGCCCAUGCUCUUCGUCUUCCGCGCCAUCCAGGGCAUCGGCGCCGCGCUCACCAUUCCCUCUGCGCUCACCAUGAUCACCACGCUCUUUCCGGAGCGCGGGGAGCAGGACCGCGCGCUCGGCAUCUUCGCAGGCUUCGGCGCCAUGGGCAACGUCAGCGGCCUCGUCAUCGGGGGCGUGAUCGCGGAGCUGCUCACCUGGCGCUGGAUCUUCUGGAUCAUGGCCAUGCUCAUCCUCCCGCUCGCCUUCGCCGCCUUCCUCCUCGCCCCGCCCUCGUCCGCCGCGGCCCGCGGCCAUGCGUCGCUGCGCAGCAUGGACUGGCUCGGCCUCGGCACCAUCACCCUCGCGCUGAUCCUGCUCGUGUACGCGAUCACGGAGGGCAACAACCGCGGCUGGGCGACGGGCGGCAUCCUCGCCCCGCUGCUCGUCGCCGUCGCGCUCCUCCCCGCCUUUGCCCUCAUCGAGACGCGCGUCAAGGAGCCGCUCGUGCCGCCGCUCCUCGAGUACCUCGCGAUGAACGUCGUCAUCUUCCAGGAGUCGCUCGUCUUCCAGCAGGUGUGGCACACGUCCGCGCUCAGCGCGGCCCUCCGCAUCAUCCCCUUCGGGAUCACCGGCUUCAUCACGACGGUGAGCAUGGGCUACGUGACGCCGCACGUCGCGCCGCGCUGGAUCCUCUGCGCGGGCGAGCUCCUCAUGAUGGCCGGCGCGCUGCUCCUCGCGUACGCGCCGACGCCGGACCUGUACUGGUCGCGCGUGCUUCCGGGCAUCAUACUCACCGCGCUCGGCGUGUCGAGCGGGUUCGUAGCCGCCAACAUCGAGAUGCUCCGCACGCCGCUCAACCGCCCCGCCUCCGCCGCGCGGCUGCGCGACAGCACCGCGCUCAUCGGCGCGAUCUUCAACGCAGACCUCCAGAUCGGCUCCGCGCUCGGGCUCGCGAUCGCCACCGCCAUCACCGCGCGCGUGAACGGCGCGCCCUCCGCCGCCGCCACCACCACCACCUCCUCCUCUGCCGCCGCCGCCAACGCUAACGGGGGCGCGCCGCUGGGGAGCGCGGACUUUGCGGGGUACCGCGCUGCGUAUUGGUUUUUGGUUGGGUUGACGGCGGCGGAGGCGGUUGUGGCGGGGGUGUUUUUGAGGGGGCGGAGGAGGCGGGAGGGGUUGAUUGGGGAGGGCGGGGCGAGUGGGGAGGGG